ACACUUCCGGUUAAGAGAAGCAAAUUGCUAGUUGUUGACUCUCAAGUAUUUUAAGCCCAAAAUUAUUUUACUUGGUAAACAUUUAUAGUUGGGUCUAAAAUAUAACAAUCUGUCACAGAGCUCAAAACUCUUCUUUGCUCUCACUGUUAUUGCCGAUAAGACACAAAACAAACUACCUUGAGUAAAAUUUUUGGAAUCAAAUUGUCAAACAAAAAAAGAUAGAGAUAGAAUCAGCUGCGGAUGGGAGCGAAAUACUCCGAACAGUUGAGAUAAAUAAAAGGUUCUUUAUCGUUUUGUUAGGAGAGUUUUUGGGGGGAUUCAGUUCCAUAUUUUUAGGGGUUUUUGGGGGUGUGAUUCUGGAGCUUAUCUGGAGAUCUUGAUGGGCUGCAAAAUUGAAAAUAGAACCAGAAGAAAAGCAGCAUCAUCAAACUCGGGGGGAAGGGAGCAGCGUUUUGGAGCUCUAAUUGCUACGAAAUCAGCUAACUUGGUGGGGCUGAAAACUAUACUUUGAGGGCGACAUUCUCGAGGACAUCUGAGUAGUUUUCUAGUAGCAACGAGCUAAUUUUCUUCAUGGUAUUAGAUAAGUUGAUUCUAAAAGGACUCGUGCUCAAAUAUUGGAGCAAGCUCGUCAUAUUCCGUUACGUCACAGUGAAAGUUCAUUUUUGGACGAGGAGGGUGAAUAUAUUUUUGAGAUGGGUGAUCAAACACUAAAGCAGCUCGCAGCUCCAACAUUUGAUCCAAAUUUAUUGUUCAUAGUAGACGAUGAGGCAGAAAUUGAGGUCAAGCCGGGGUUGAUUAGAGCUCUUCCCACAUUUUCAGGUUUCCGUAAUACUAACUCCUUGGGUUCAGUCCACAUGAAUGGGGCUAGCAGAUUUUUAAAGGAAUUUCACAUAGCAUGUGCGGGGAUGAAACCGGCUGGGGUCACCCUCGACUAACUGAAGUCAAAGGCAUUUCCUUUUGCCUUGUCUGAUGCUGCUACGGAGUGGUUGUUUAAAGUACCUGCUGGAACCAUCACAACAUGGGAUCAAAUGCUAAAAGUAUUUGCAAGAAGAUAUUUUCCAGCAUCUUUGAUAGCUAAUAUUAGGAAAGAAAUAUGUGGGAUUCGACAGGACGAUGUAUAGACACUUCAUGAGUACUGGGAGCGUUUCAAGAAACUAUGUGAUUGUUGUCCAAACCAUCAGAUCAUUGAGCAAUUAUUAGUACAAUACUUUUAUGAAGGACUUAGGGAGACAAACAUGAAUUUAUUUGAUGCAGCAAGUGGUGGAGCCAUUGGUUGACAAAACACCCGCAGAUGCAAAGAAACUGAUUGCAAAUAUGGCUGCAAACUCUCAGUAUUAAGGAGGUCGAAAUAUUAAGUCAACUUAUGUACGUUAAGUAAUGAAGUGGUGAGCUCUAACUCGAGCAACAAGUAGCUAAACUCACUUCCUUAGUGGAGCGAGUAAUGAUCGAAAAAGGGCAAGAAAAAGCAUGUGGCCUCUAUUCAAUGAUAGGACACCCAACUGAUAUGUGCCCUACUAUGCAAGUAGAACAAGUUAAUUCUAUUGGUGGUGGUCAGGGGCAACAAAGACGUUAUGAUUCGUUCUCUCAAACUUAUAAUCCCGGGGUGGAGAGAUCAUCCAAACUUGAGAUAUGGUAAUGCUCAGUAGCAGGCAGGCAACUCUAACCUUAGACCACCAGCUUUCCAGCAACAGCAAGCAUCUAAUCCUCCACCUGGUUUCAUCAGCAACCACAAUAUCAGCCGCGACCUCAAAAUCAGCAAGUUUCCCAGCCAUAAUCUGGUAGCAUGUCUCUAGAAGAUACCGUGAAGGCAAUGGCUGACAACACUUUGCAUUUUCAGCAAGAGACAAGAAGUGGUCUAAAGAACUUGGAGAACCAAGUUUCUCAGUUAGCUAACACAGUGGGAAAGCUCCAAGCUCAGAGUUCUAACAAGUUGCCAAGUCCACCAGAGAGAAAUCUAAAGGAGAACGCAAGUGCAAUAUCACUUAGAAGUGGCAAGAAAUUAGAGAUCCUAGCGAAAAAGACUGAAGGGCUGGCAAAACACCAAGUGGAACAGGAGACUAUUGUUCCAGAGCAAGAUAAGUAUCCCCCUAAGGUAAGUGAUGUUGUUUAUCCUAAUACUAAUCAGUUUUCUUCUUCUGUUCCAUUUCCUAGCAGGUUAUCAUCUAAGAAUAAGAAGAAAGAUCAUGAAAAGGAGAAAGAGACCCUAGACAUUUUUCGCAAGGUUGAGGUGAACAUACCUCUAUUGGAAGCUAUAAGACAAAUGCGGCGGUAUGCAAAGUUCAUGAAGGAUUUGUGCACUAACAAGAGAAGAUUGAUUGUAGAUGAAAAAUUCAGUGUAAGUGAGAAUGUGUCUACUGUGUUACAGAGGAAAGUUCCUCCAAAGUGCAAGGAUCCAGGUAUUUUUACUAUACCCUGUAAAAUGGGUAACACGAGAUACGAUAAAUGCAUGCUAGACUUAGGAGCUUCUAUUAAUGUCAUGCCUUUGUAUAUCUAUAAAUCUCUGAACUUAGGACCUUUGAAAGACACUCGAGUGAUUAUUCAGCUUGUCGACCGUUCUAAUACAUACCCUGUAGGAGUAGUUGAGGAUGUCUUAUUGCAAGUGAAUGAACUGGUAUUUGCUGCUGGCUUUUAUGUUUUAGAUAUGCCAAAUGAUGAAUCCCCUAGUGCAGCACCUAUCUUAUUUGGAAGACCUUUUCUGAAAACAUCCGGCAAUAAAAUUGAUGUUCACUGUGGGGUGUUGACCAUGGAAUUCGAUGGGGAGAUUAUUCGUUUUAAUUUAUUUGAUGCCAUGAGAUACCCCUUUAAUUGUGAAUCUGUUUCUAGUAUAGAUGUCAUUGAUGCACUAACUGAGCAAGUAUUUUGUCUCUCUGGUCAUUAUGGGUCAGAUAUUGUUUUGAAUGAACGUGUGGAAAAAGAGAAAAAUACUGACUUGUAGAACCAUUUUGAGCUUGAAGAUGAGAUCAAGGAAGCUUUCUCUUCCUUGGAAGUGCUUCCAAAUAAGCAAGGAAGGUAUGCAGAUCGUUUUAUGAAAUUACCUAUCACAUCUAACAGACUUUUGACUUCUACUAUACAGGCCCUUAAAGUGGAACUAAAGUCACUGCCAGACCAUCUCAAGUAUGCAUUUUUGGGAGAAAAUGACACUCUGCCAGUCAUAAUCGCGAGUAAUCUAACUCCGACGCAAGAGCAAAAGCUGGUGCAAGUUCUCAAGGAGCAUAAAACAGCUCUAGGGUGGAAGGUUGUUGAUAUAAAAGGAAUUAGCUCCUCUAUGUGUCAGCAUAGAAUCUUAUUAGAAGAGGGAGCUAAACCUGUGAGACAAGUUCAAAGGCGACUUAUCCACCUAUGAUGGAAGUGGUGAAGAAAGAAGUAAUGAAGCUUCUUGAAGUAGAGGUGAUAUACCCUAUAUAAGAUAGCCCUUGGGUCAGUCCCUUGCAAGUGGUCCCAAAAAAUUCAGGAGUCAUAGUGGUAGAAAACGCGAAGGGAGAAAUGGUUCCCACACGAGUUCAAAAUGGGUGGAGAGUUUGUGUAGAUUACAAGAAACAUAAUUCUAUGACUCGAAAAGAUCAUUUUCCCUUACCCUUUAUUGAUCAAAUGGUAGAACGUCUUACUGGUCAUGCUUAUUAUUGUUUUCUUGACGGAUAUUCAGGUUAUGUGUAGGUACCUAGAGCUCCGGAGGAUCAAGAAAAAACGACAUUCACAUGCCCGUACGACACAUUUGCGUAUCGUCGUAUGCCAUUUGGAAUGUGCAAUGCUCCAGCGACUUUUCAGAGAUGUAUGGUAAGCAUCUUUUCAGAUUAUCUUGAAAAUUUUAUAGAAGUUUUCAUGGAUGAUUUCACUGUGCAUGGAGAUUCUUUUGAUAGUUGCUUAGAACACCUCACUUUGUUCUUAAACGUUGUCUUGAAACUAACCUUGUGCUUAAUUCUAAAAAAUGUCAUUUCAUGGUUCAACAAGGUAUAGUUUUAGGCCAUAUUAUGUUUGCUAAAGGAAUAAAAUUUGAUAAAGCUAAAAUAGAUCUUAUUUCUUCUCUGCCUUACCCCGCCUCUUUGCGGGAAGUUCGUUCUUUUCUUGGUCAUGCAGGUUUCUAUCGAAGGUUUAUUGAAGGCUUUUCGAAGAUUGGACAACCACUAUGCAGACUACUCCAAAAAGAUGUGGAGAUCCACUUUGAUGAGGCCUGUAAGAAAGCAUUUGACAAGAUGAAAGACAAGUUGGUCACUGCCCCUAUUCUACAACCUCCUAACUAGGAGCUCCCGUUCGAGCUAAUGUGCGACGCUUCUAAUUAUGUUGUAGGGGCAGUGCUAGGCCAGCGAGUUGGAAAAGUUCCCCAUGCCAUCUACUAUGCCUCAAGGACUUUGGAUGCAGCUCAAGCUAAUUAUACUACAACUGAGAAAGAACUUUUAGCUGUAGUUUUUGCUUUAGAUAAAUUCAGGUAUUAUUUAUUGGGUACUAAAAUUGUUGUGUUUACUGAUCAUGCAGCGCUGAAAUAUAUAUGGUCAAAGGACGUAUCCAAACCUAAGCUAAUACGUUGGAUUUUAUUGCUUCAAUAGUUUAAUGUUGAAAUAAAAGAUAAAAAAAAGGUUCUGACAAUAGUUUUGCUGAUCACUUGAGCAGGUUAGUUAUUAAAGCUGAUGAUAAAGCCCCAAUCAAUGAAGAGUUCCCCGAUGAGCAACUUCAUGCCUUGAGCUCGGGAACUCCUUGGUAUGCUGAUUUGGUAAAUUUUUUGGUAUCUGGGAAGUUUCUAGGAAACUACACAAAGGCACAAAAGGAUCAGAUGCGGAGCAUAGCAAAGUAUUAUAUAUGGGAUGACCCGUAUCUCUAGAAAUACUAUGUUGAUCAACUGAUCAGAAGGUGCGUACCUGAUUCUGAAUUUCUUUCUAUACUAAGCUUUUGUCAUUCUUAUGCUUGUGGAGGACAUUUUGGACCCAAGAGAACUGCACGCAAGGUUUUGGAAAGUGGAUUUUACUGGCCCUCUAUAUUCAAAGAUGCAUAUGAUAUAUGUAAGGGCUGUGAUAAUUGUCAAAGGACAGGUACAAUCGGUCCUAGAAAUGAAAUGCCCCAAACUCCUAUUUUGUUUUGUGAAAUCUUUGAUGUUAGAGUAUGGAUUUCAUGGGACCCUUCCCCUCUUCUUUCGGUUUUCAAUAUAUUUUGCUCGCUGUCGAUUAUGUUUCGAAAUGGGUGGAAGCUAUAACCACCCAUACUGAUGAUUCUAAAGUGGUUGCAGAAUUUUUGAAAUCGAACAUUUUCGCUACAUACGGAUUUCUGAGGGCCAUUAUCAACGAUAAGGGGACACACUUCUGUAAUAAAAUCGUAUGGGCUCUUUUAAAGAAGUACAAUGUGUUUCAUAGAGUCUCCACGGCAUACCACCCACAAACAAAUGGACAAGCUGAUGUUUCCAACCAGGAAAUCAAAUCCAUUCUGGAGAAGAAUGUGAAUCUAAACAGGAUAGAUUGGAGUCUCCGCCUCAACGAUGCUCUGUGGGCGUGCAGAACAACAUAUAAAACUCCGAUUAGGAUGUCACCUUACAGGCUAGUGUUCGGUAACCUUUCAGUAGAAUUGGAACACAAAGCUUUUUGGGCUGUGAAGCAAUGCAAUAUGGAGAUGGAUGCAGCAGGUGAGCAAAGGAAACUUCAAUUACAAGAGCUUGAGGAAAUCCGAAAUGAUGCUUUUGAGAAUGCGAGAAUUUAUCAGGAGAAGACUAAGGCAUUCCAUGAUCAGCGCAUCACACGAAAGACAUUUACAGUUGGCCAGAAAGUUCUCUUGUACCAUUCUUGGCUUAAACUCUUUCCUGGCAAAUUCCGUUCUCGAUGGGUGGGGCCCUUUAUUAUUACCAAGGUAUAUGACCAUUGUGCGAUGGAGAUUCGUAGUGAGGACACAGGGAAGGAAUUCAAGGUGAACAAUCAUUAACUCAAGCCUUAUUAUGAAGGUUAUCAGGUCCAGAACAUUGAAGUGAUGGAGCUAGAAGCUCCAAAUUAUGAAGACUAGUAUGCUGGAAAGACGUCGGGCUAAUGACUAUAAAUAAAGCGCUCUUGGGAGGCAGCCCAAAUUUAGGAUUAUAAUUUGAUUGUUUUUCAUUUUUUUUUUCAUCAUUUUAUUUUAAAUGUUAUGUAGUGUACAAAAAAGAAAAAAAAAAAAAAAAAAGAAAAAAACCCAGAGAGCUUCCAGAUUUUUGAUAUGCUAGCUUAUUUUCAAAUCCUUUAUAGUAGUCUGGGUACAGACACAUUUAAUUUGCUUGAAAUUGGUAUUGUUUGUUACAGACACAUUUAAUGGAGCACAUACAUUUGCUGCCAGAUUAUGACAUCGUUUGGGUAUCCAUUUUUAGCAACCUGGAGCGUGCAACAAGAAUAUGGAGGCAUUUUACAUAGAUACAUACAUUCACUUCCAAUGCUAUCUAUCUAGCUGUAGCAUAAGCAUUUUUUUUUCAGAAGAUUGAAAGGGAGGUUGAGCAUCUCCAAUGUGUUUACAGCAAGACUUCGUGAGCAAGUCCAAGCUUGGGGGGAUGCCAUCAGGCUGGCUACACAGUCAGUUACCUACAAUAUUCAACUUCAUCCAGUGAGCUCGUUUCCUUGUCUCUUUCUAUUUUUAUCCCCAUACUUUUUUUUACAGUCACACAUUGAGGGAAAUGUGUGAAUUAAGCUUGGGGGGGAAUGCGUUAUAUUCGGUCUCUUGCGGUGUCUUGGUAUGUCUCUGGUAUGGUAUGGUAUUGUAUUGAGUUUGACAAUGAAUUUUGGACAGUGCUUUGCAUAUGACAGUGCUUAACUUUGGUUGAUAGACUUGUAUGUAUGCAGAAAAAAACAAAAAAAAUAAAAUAAAAUUGAUUCUGUAAACAAUAGCUAGUCUGGUGGAAGUCAACUUGUGAUGGGGUAAAAACAAAUAAAUGAGUUAGGCAUCAAAGUUUUACACCACAUAAGCCAAAAAUCUUACCCAUGACAUGAUUCCAUAUUAAACCCAAUUUGAGCUUUAUAGACCUACUUUUCUUGCGAAAUGUCUAAAACAUGAAAUACUUACCUAUAAGGUUAGUAGAGCAUAUUAAAGGGUAAAUUGGAUCAUGGUUGUGGUAAAGAUGUAUGGUGGUGAAGUUUAUUUUUUUAAAAGUUUCAUGUUAAAGGCUCUACGUACCAAUGUAUGGGUUAUAAAAAAAAUAUAAAAACAAAAUAAAGAAAAGAACCCAUAAAAGUACGUGUGAUGUUUUAUGUAUCGUGAUUGAGUAACUCGAGUUAGUAAAUUCGUAGGGGUAUCUUAAAACCUAGUGCCUUGGGCCAACUGGAUCGGGAGUCACUUGUAGAAAGCUCGCUACAUGGGUUACUUAACAGGUACUUGACAUUAAGAGUCAUGAAACACAUUCAAAAAAAUCAAAAAUAAAAAUAUGGAAAAUAAAUAAUAAUAAUAUCGUGAAGUCAAGGGCUGUGAUAUGAGCUCUUAUGUUGUGUUUGUUGUGUUGAUUUGCUUUUCUAAUCUUACUCUUUAUUACCACACUCCAAAACACUCUCUAAAACCUCACUUUACCUUGACACCACUGCAUUCUUAUUUAAGUCCUAAGGAUCUUUGAGUUACUCCACUACAUUGUUGAUGGAAGCUAGGUUGUAAUUGUUUUAAGAGUCGGUAUUGGCUUAACAUAUGACUUUUGCAUACAUUACUUGACUUGAAGCUGUUUUGAGCAAAAGAGAGUAUUCUAAUUGUGUACUACUACAUCAAUAGUCUAACUACUUUGCGAUUUCAUGUCUUUGCUUGAGGACAAGCAAAAUUGAGCUUGGGGGAGUUUGAUAGAGUCAUAAAGUAUAUUAUUUUAUUUCAUUAAACUCUUGAUUUUAUAUUGAUAUUUAAUGGUUUAAUGAUAUAUUAAGUAAUUUUCUUCCCGAGGCACGUACUACUACUAUUUUAUUUAUGUGUGUAGGAAAUAAAAUAUUGGUACAAAUUGCAUUUUACGACACUUCCGGUUAAGAGAAGCAAAUUGCUAGUUGUUGACUCUCAAGUAUUUUAAGCCCAAAAUUAUUUUACUUGGUAAACAUUUAUAGUUGGGUCUAAAAUAUAACAAUCUGUCACAGAGCUCAAAACUCUUCUUUGCUCUCACUGUUAUGGCCUAUAAGACACAAAACAAACUACCUUGAGCGAAAUUUCUGGAAUCAAAUUGUCAAGCAAGAAAAGAUAGAGAUGGAAUCAGCUGAGGAUGGGAGCGAAAUACUCGGAGCAGCUGAGAUAAAUAAAAGGUUCUUUAUCGUUCUUUUACGAGAGUUUUUGACGGAAUUUUGUUCCGUAUUUUUAGGGGUUUUUGGGGGUGAGAUUCUGGAGCUUAUCUAGAGAUCUUGCUGGGCAGCGAAAUUGAGAACUCUACUUUGGGGGUGACAUCUUCGAGGACAACUGGGUAGUUUUCUGGCAGCAGCGAGCUUAUUCUCUUCGUGGUAUUAGCUAAGUUAAUUGUCAAUUAGUUACUUUGGUAGAACUAUAAUUUUGUUUUAAUAAUUAAAUUGAAAAAGUCACGUUUUGCUACUUACUUCACGCCAUUUUCAUGGCUGGUAUUGGAAUUUGGUUACUUAGUUUGUCAAGUUUUCAUUUUCAAUUACGUUUUGCUUUGUUAAUUAUGAAUUCCAUAAUUUCUACUUUUGUUAUUAUUCUUAACAUGUCAGGCUAAUUAAUUUAGGGUAGGGAGAUAUAUUAUGCAUUGGAUUAUUGGAUUGUAAGAAUAGAUAUGUUAUAAUUCGUGGGUAUUAUGUUUA